AUGGAUUACCAAACAUUCUACAACAUUUCACAUUAUGAAUUCCAUUUAAUUGGAUUUACAGACCUCCAGGGAUACAGACCCCUCCUUUUUAUUCCCUUUUUACUCAUAUUUGUCCACGCUUUAACUGCUAACUCUGUACUGAUAUUGGUGAUUAUAAAGCAGAGUUCUUUGCAUGCUCCCAUGUACAUUCUGAUUGCAUUAAUUGCUGCUCUUGGGUGUGCUGUGCCAAUAUUUGUUAUACCCAGGAUGCUGCAUAGUUUUUUGCGUGAUAUAAAUGGAAUAACUAAAAGUGAAUGCCUCAUCCAAAUGUUUGUUCUUCAUGUUGCAGGUUGUUUUCAGUCAAGUAUUUUACUCUGGAUGGCUGUUGACAGGUUUUUUGCCAUUAUUUACCCAUUGCGUUAUCAUAACUUUGUAAACCUCAAAAAUUCUUUGCUUUUCUGCUCUAUUUUGGUCAUCCGUAAUUUUGUAUAUGUUAUUGGAAUGGUUGUUCUUGUCGUGCCACUGCCAUUUUGUAAGUCAAACCUUAUUUACCACUGUGUAUGUGAGCAUACAUCAGUUGUUAAUAUGGCCUGUGGAGAUGUCUCUAAAAAUUACUUAGCUGGGGUAAUAGGUUUUAGUAUUCCAAGUAUUGAUUGUGUUGUUAUACUGUCUUCCUAUAUUGCUAUAUUUUUGGUCAUAUUUCGCUCCCCUUCCAGUGAGUCUCGCCAAAAAGCUAUUCAGACAUGCAGCUCUCACUUAAUGAGUAUAGCAGUUGCUUACUUCAGUGUUCUUACUGCAUUUGUCGGGUAUAGGGUGAGUACAGUUCCACGAGAUGUGCGUGUCCUGUCUACUUUGUUAUAUAUUCUAUUUCCUGCUUGUUUAAACCCACUUAUCUAUGGUUUACGAACAAAAGAAAUUAGAGUAAACUUAAUAAAAUUGCUAAAAAUGAACAAAAUUAGUACAUCUUGA